ACCAUAGUGAAUAGAAUGCAUUGAUUGUGUAUGUAUGACACACACUGGUGCCUGGUAACCAUAUGCUAUGACAUGAACGCGGCGGACCGCCUCUGUGCUCUCUGUGCUCGUAGAUAUUAUUAAGGCUCAUGGUAGGCUGUUUGGAGUUUAAUGUGCACUAAUGAUGCACUACUCAAACUGGCUUAUUGGCGUGAAAAACAGGGCAAGCCUUCGAAAUGCAUGCAAACCACCACCUAACAUCGACUGGAACAAUAGAGGGAAUUUUAUGGACGUGCAGAAGAACAAUCCGCCGCCUAAUGCAAAGACAUCCGAGCGACUGGCCACCAGCCACCUCUGCAAAAAAGGCUACAAAAUAAUCAAGAAAAUCGGCGAGGGCACGUUCUCAGAAGUGUUGAAGACUCAAAGCCUGAAAGAUGGGAAGUUCUACGCAUGUAAAACCAUGAAGCAGACCAUUAACAGUCUGGAGCAGGCCAACAACCUGCGGGAAGUCCAGGCAAUGAAGAGACUGAGCCCUCAUGCAAAUAUCAUCCAGCUACAUGAACUGAUUUUUGACAAAGAAACUGGAACCCUGUCUCUGAUUUGUGAGCUGAUGGAGAUGAACAUCUAUGAGUUCAUACAAGGAAGAGAAACACCACUGCCUGACCAUACAGUAAAGAACUACAUGUACCAGCUUUGCAAGUCACUUGAACACAUGCACAGCUGUGGGAUCUUUCACAGAGACGUGAAACCAGAAAAUAUUCUCAUCAAACAAAAUGGUCUGAAGCUUGGCGACUUUGGCUCAUGUCGGAGCGUGUACUCCAAGCCCCCGCACACAGAGUAUAUAUCCACGCGCUGGUACAGAGCUCCAGAGUGCCUCCUCACUGAUGGAUACUACAGCUUAAAGAUGGACAUCUGGAGUGCUGGCUGUGUCUUCUUUGAGAUCAUGAGUCUGAAUCCUCUCUUCCCUGGAACCAAUGAGUUGGACCAGGUUGCCAAGAUCCACGAUGUAUUGGGGACACCAGAUCAGAGCAUCCUCCAAAAGUUCAAGAAGUCUAGAGCGAUGCAUUUCAACUUCCCCCCUAAAAAAGGCACGGGUAUCUCGCGGUUAAUCCCAAGCUGCCCGGCUCCAGCUCUGUCGCUUCUCUAUCAGAUGCUCGCCUAUGACCCCGAUGAACGCAUCACCGCAGAGACAGCCCUGCGCCACACAUACUUUAGGGAAAUCAGGCUGGCAGAGAAGAAAGCUGAGAGCCUUCACAGACUUUCUGGGAGUAUGGAUGGAAUAGAGAGUAGCGGGUCAUACAAAUCCUUAGACAUCUGGCGCCCAACCAGACUCGGCAAACAAAUGAGGGGAAGACACACAAGGCAAACACCUUUGAUGAGCCACAACAUGAAGCAUGUAGCAGAGCCCCUCGUGAGACGCAACAUCACGCAUUAUCCUACAGAGCUUCCCAAGCUCAACAUGGUCGUACCGGGACCGCAGAUCUCCUUCCCAGUCUCCACUAUGCCUGCAUUUACAGUCACCCACCGUGGCACACUACCAGCCAUCAUUACGAAAAAGUGCCAGACACGGUUGACCAAGCCCCAGGAUGAGUCACAGCACGCAGCUUUCAAGACCUACUACAUGCCACCUUUGGAUAGGAAACAUAGAGGCUACUGAAAGCCAAAUAUAAUCACUCCAAUGUUUGAUUAAAAAUUGCCUUUAAAAACAGGAAAGACCUGAAAGGACAAUGUUUGGACAGGCCUGAUGUUGAAAUCUGUAAAGCAGAACAACAACAGCUCAAUGAAGACCGCCAAGCCUGUUAUGUUAGCAGUUAUGAGUGCUACAUCAAACUGUUACCCUCACUGUAAUGACGAAAUCUGAUCUCAACAUCAACAAUAUUAAGAGUCUGUCAAUUUAUGUUGGACUGAGAAUGUGUAGUUUAGUUAUGUCCUCAGUUUUACUUGACCGAGUCAAGUGUUACAUGUUUACAACUGCUGAGAAAUAUACUUCAAUCUGAGCCUAUUAGACAAGCUAAGCAAUAAAAUAUUUGACAAGUGAACAGCCUUUUUACCGCGUGAAUCAAGUUAUAUAACUUCGGUGAUGAGGAACAUGGCCAGUGCCUUUAAAAAGUAGUCACACCCCGAGUAGGACUUGGUCUGGUUGCGUUUUUUUACAACUAUGAAUCACAAAUGUUGGAAAAACAGGGUAAGUUAAAGUCAAGACCAAUCUUGAGUUUAAUGGCAGGAAAACUGAAAAUUCCUGUUGUAGUCUUGUAAAAAAGACAAAUACUACCAAAGCUGCUUUAAUUAAUGAGCUGUGAUUCAAAGUUGUGGAGCAAUAAACAUGAAAAACAAAGGCGGGGUUGAGUACAUUUUAUAGGUACUGUAAACUUGUGAUAAAUCAUUUUUUUUUUUUGUGAAUGAACUGAUUUGUAGGGCAAUAGUCUUCCUAUACAAAAGGUAAACAGAACAUUCACGUUAAGUGCUUCACAAUUAUUCAAAGCCACCACAUUGUCUUUGGAGAACUAUUUUAAAAAAGUACAUCCUAUAAUCCAGCUGUAAUGUAAAUAAAUAGCCGUCUGUGGGCAAAAACACAGAAUUUCAACAGUUAAUAAUUAUAAUUUUAAAAAAAGACUUUCCUUUAAGAUCUGUAUUUGCAGAUGGGGCCUUAAGAAAGUCCUGAAUAAUUAUUUUUUAACGCUUUGUUUAGAAUGUAGCUUGAGCAGUGUCCUCACUCGAGACAUUGUGACAUAAACAGAAACAUACCAUUUCAUUCAGAGCUGUGAGCUCAUUAAAUGGACUGUGACUCAGUCUGCACUUUAUUGUGUUGGUUGUGACGUAUAAUCAGAGUAAAAAAAAAAAAAGUGAAGUAUCAUUGGUAUGAUGUGGUCAUUAACCUGCGUUACAAAUAGUUGAAUCUUUUACAUGUCUGCAUAAUCUCCUGACACAAAAAAAA